UGUGUGUGGGGGCUGUGCUGUGCCUGGGAGCUGUGUGUGUGUGUGUAUCUCCGCUGUCGGUGUCGGUGAUGGCGGCGGUGCCCUGCGCUCGGGCCUGGCGGCAGUUCGCUCGCUGCAACGGCUGCGGCGGCCUGAGGAGGGUGGGCCUGGCACCCCGAAGUUAUUCCUCCAGCCGUCUUCUAUGUCAGCAAAUUGCACCCAGCCAAACAGGUUCUGCAGAAGAGAUCGUUAUUCCAAGAAAGAAAACCUGGGACAAGUUAGCAGUCCUUCAAGCCCUUGCCUCGACAGUGAACAGAGACCCCACUGCUGCACACUACCGCUUUCAGGAUGACUCGUACCUCAUUCCAAAGACAUCACCUGAAUUUAGACUCUAUUCCCUUUCACAGGAAUCCGGACGUACUGCUGCCAAAUACAUUUUCAGCAAUUAUCCAAAUUUUUUCCAGAGAGACUUUGCUGAACCUUCUAUACCUUGUUUAAUGCCUCAGCAGCUGGAGCCACUGAUAGAAGAGAUCAGCGAGGCUGCCUUGAAGGAACGGAUUCAACUGCGGAAAGUGAAGGACUCGGUCAGUCUGUACGAUCAACUUGUACAAGCAGGGACUCCUCUGUCUCUUGGGACCACAAAUGGCUUGUUGGAUCUACUUUGUGUUUAUGGAGACCAAGAGCCGCCCAGUGAUGAUCAGAUAGAGCUCGGAGAGGGUGAAAGUCUGCCAGCAGCCAUGAACACACAGAAGCGGAGAGGGCGCCUACGUAAAGCUUCAGAGCUGCUUACCAUCACCUGGAGAGACAACAACAAUGCUGAAAGGAUAUUUAACCUGAUGCCCGAAAGGAACGAACACUCAUUUUGCACACUGAUUAGAGGAAUGGUUAAGUUUGGAGCCUACACAAAGGCGAUCAACAUGUACACAGAUUUGCUGAACAACCGAAUGAAAGCUGAUGUUCACACCUUCAAUGCACUGAUAGCAGCAGCCCCUGAGCUGAAGGAGAAGUACAAUGAGAAAUUGGAUUUUAUUGUGGACUUGUUGAAGCAAAUGGCAGAGCAGGAGGUGCGGCCAAACCUGUUGACCUUUAACUCUGUGUUGAAGAGUUUUCGUAGGUGCGGGGCAUACGCUAAAGGACCCUCCUUGCAAGUGGUGAAUGAAAUGAAAGCACUUGGCAUCGAGCCAUGUUUGGCCACCUUUGAUCACCUUCUUGCCAUAUUCUCAAAAUCUGUCAUAGCUGGUCGGUCACAGGCAGACAUUAUCUUUAAGAUCUUUGAUGAAAUGGAACAGAAGUAUUUUGUUCCCCAGGAUCCUGAUGAUGUAUACUUCUUUACCAAUGCUAUAAAAGUGUGUCUGAACUUGAAAGACCUUGAGCUGUCUUACAGAGUACAGAAGAUAGUUGAAACUGGAGACAACAGGAAAUUAUUGGGGGACCCUUACCAGCAAAGCAUUUACUACGGGAGGCUCUUUACCAUGGUCUGCAUGAUGGAGAAUAUAGACAUGGUUCUCAAGUGGUACAAGGAACUCAUUCCGUCGUUGUACUAUCCGAACACCCAGGGUAUGAAGGAAUUACUGCAGGCCCUGGACACAGAGAACCGAUUAGAGCUGAUCCCGAGAAUUUGGAAAGACAUUAAGCAACUUGGUCACUCGAACAAGCAGGAUCUUGUGGAGGAGGUGCUUGAAUUGAUGGCCCGGGAGAAGCACAGUCCGCAGUUACAAGUUGAGUUUGCUGACUGUGCGCUUGAUGUGAAGACUGUGUAUAAUAAUCUGAAUCAUAAUUCCAAACUGGAGUGGACCUCUGGCUCCUUGGGGAACAUCACCACUCUGCUCUUGAGAGGAGGCAGAACUGAUGAUGCUUGGGCAAUGCUUCAACUAUUCAAAGCUAACAACAGAAUCCCUGGUGAAUAUUUGCUGGAUGAGUUCUUGGACAGUGCGAAGGAGAGCAAGAACAGCUCUGGCUUGGAUGUGGUGAAGCUGGCCACUGCUUUCAGUUUACCUGCUGCACCAAAGCUGGCCACCAGGGUGACCACUGAAUUUCAACUGACCAACGAAGACAGAAUUGAUCUGGAUGAGCUGAAUGCCACCAGCAGCGACAGCAGCGACAGCAGUGACAGUGAUAAAGAAUAAUUGAUCUCUGGAAUCAUAAAAUGCUGCUUUUUAUUUUAAAAGAUCCUAUUAAUCAUUGAAAUCUACGUAUUUGAGGACCUGGUGUAUUUAUUUUGAGUACAUAACACACUUGUGUAGUGGACUUGCAGAGUAUUCAAAUGCAAUGUAGGAAGAUGGAUGAACGAUCGUAACUGGUGUAAGUUGAAAUAUAGCUGAUAAAAUUUCAUUAUUUAAAUCAC